AAGUGUGUAUUUACAUAUACAUUAAAAAUAAAUAAAAUAUUUACUUUUUACAAUAAAUUAAAUGGUGUCUAUCAGUAUAAACUCGUGAAUAUUUUAGUUUUACUAAUAUAAACUGAUAUUAUCCACUAAUUAAAGUAAUAAACAAUUAAAUAUCCAAACAUAGCAAAUAUGAAUAGUGCAAUCGAUGCUAUGUUAAAAUUUUAUGUUUGUGCACAAACUUUUGUGUCUGUACUUUCUAUACAUUUUUUACGCUCAUCCUGUUCUUAAUUCUUAAUAAAAAAAAAAAAGAUAAAGACGAUAUAUAAAAGCUUUAAAAGAUAUUUUACAUUGAAAUCAGGACGAUUAUUGUGAUCUAUUCUUUACAACACUACUGUUAAACAAGUUAUACUUGACAGCUCCUUAUUUGUACAAUUCUUAAAAUUGUGUCAUUAUAUUGAAUAAUAUUAUAAUGUGAAUCCAGAAGAUAAUUACAAGCCUAUAAUAGGAAAAUUGAUAAAGCAUUAAAAAAAUAAAAAUGGCAGAAUCUAUGUUUUGUGAAGACUUUCCCUUACAUAAGUGCAUUUAUAAUGGAGACAUUAAAAGUCUGAGUACUCUGAUUAGAACUCAUGAUCUUACUCAAAAGGAUAAACAAGGAAAUACUCCUCUACAUUUGGCUGUGAUGUUAGGUCGAAAAGAAUGUGUUCAGUUAUUGCUCGCUCAUGGUGUACCCGUUAAAGUAAAAAAUGUUGCUGGUUGGAGUCCAUUGGCAGAGGCUAUCAGUUAUGGCGACAGACAAACAAUAUUAUCAUUAGUAAGAAAAUUGAAGCAGCAAGCAAGAGAACAAAUGGAAGAGAGAAGACCAAAUUUAGUAGCAGCAUUACGACAAAUGGGUGAUUUUUACAUGGAAUUAAAAUGGGAUUUUCAAAGUUGGGUUCCAUUGGUUUCAAGAACAUUACCAUCGGAUGUAUGUAAAAUUCAUAAAAGUGGAGCAUCAAUAAGAAUUGACACAACACUUGCUGAUUUCAAUGAUAUGAGAUGGACAAAAGGAGAUAUAACAUUUAUUUUUAAUGGUGAUCAAAAACCAAGUAAAUCGCUUACAGUUCUCGAUAAUAAAGCAAAACUCUUUCAAAGAGUACGAUAUGAGGACACUGAAAUCGAAAUCGAAGAUGAAGUUGAUAUUUUAAUGUCCAGUGAUAUAAUGGCAGCGCAAAUGUCAACAAAAGGUAUUACAUUUUCAAGAGCUCAAACCGGUUGGAUUUUUAGAGAAGAUAGAAGGGAAAUGGUGGGACCGUUUAACGCAGACUUCUAUCAAAUCAAUGGUAUGAUUUUGGCGAGUAGAAAAAGACGAGAGCAUUUAAGUGAAGAGGAUUUACAGAAAAAUAAAGCAAUAAUGGAAUUAUUAACUAAAGGCAGCUCACAGAGAUUAAAAGGACCUCCAGUUAGAAAAGCUUCUUUAAAUCCUCCACCAGAGACAAAUAUACCUUGGGAAGAAUAUCUUGCCGCACCAUCAGGACAAUGUCCAUUAUUGGGAAGAAGUUUGGUUUAUAAAGAAAGUAGUAAAUCAUUUAAAGCAACUGUCGCAAUGAGCUCAGAAUUUCCAUUAACAGUUGAUAUGUUGCUCAAUUUACUUGAAGUUAUUGCACCAUUCAAACAUUUUAGUAAACUAAGACAAUUUGUAUUAAUGAAAUUGCCACCUGGUUUUCCUGUUAAACUUGAUAUACCUAUUUUACCAACAGUUACUGCGAAAGUAACAUUUCAAGAUUUCGCAUUUAGAAGUGACAUUGAUCCAGAAUUAUUUCAAAUACCAUCGGACUAUUUUGAAGAUCCUUUCAGAGACUGUGAGCUUUAUAUAUCAAUGUUGAUGGUACUAGAAACUACAUCGUCUGUUUGAAGAUAAGAAUUUCCAGAUUUAUGACGCUUCCACAUUUUAAUAUUAAUAAUUGAAAUCAACUAUUGGACCAUUUAUGGACUGCCUUUUUUACUAAAGGACCGCAAGUUUCCUCUUGAAGUCAGUAUAGUAGUUGUGAAAUCACUUUAUUACUGAAAAUAUAGUGCUUUUUAUUUACUUA